AUGAGUGAUGUAGACACGGAUGGUGAUGAUAUUAUAUGGGAGUAUGAAUCCGAGGAGCUGCAUACACCCGUUUCUUCUGAGGAUGAGGGAAACAAACAUCAGUGGCCUGAGUUCAAUGACCAAUAUAGUUUCGGAGAGGGAAGAUUUGAGCUUGGAACAAGGUUUGUUGGGUGCAAGGACGAAGAGUGUGGUUGGAUUGCGCACUUGUCAUACAAUCGUCAGUUACAAUGCUUCCAAAUCAAGACUUAUAGAAACGAGCACACUUGUGCAAGGGACCUUGGAAGCAAUGCCGCUGAUCAACACUGGAUCAGUAAAAAAGUGGAGAAGAGGAUGUCAACGCACCCGCAUAUGACAACUCAUGAAGCUGUUGAUUUUCUAAGAGAGGACUUUGACCUUACUACAUACCCAAAGAUGGUGUAUAGAGCUGUGAAGGAGGCAAGGGAGAGGAUGAUGGGUAACGAAAAGCAACAGUAUGGAAAAUUGAGGGAUUACUUAUUAGAGAUACAUAGAAGUAACCCGGGGUCUUCUGCAUUGCUAGACCUGAUUCCUCAGCCUCAAGCACCCCCUAUGUUUGACAAGUUGUAUGUUUGUUUUGAGGCCUUUGCAAGAUCCGAAAACAAAGAAUCAUGGAAGUGGUUCCUAACAUUAUUACAGGAGGAUAUUGGUGAUGGACUGUUACCUGCACUGAAAGAGGUAAUGCCUAGUGCACAUGUUAGAAACUGUGUGAUGCAUAUGUGGAAGAAUUUCAUAAACCGAUUCAAGGAUCUGUACAUAAGAGAAAUAGUGUGGGACUGUGCAAGAUGCACUAUCAUAUCUGAAUUCAAGACAACCAUGGAGAGACUGAAAGAAGUGAACAUGGAUGCUUGGGCCUACCUUAUGAAAUUUGAUCCUGCCACCUGGGUUAGAGCAUACUUUAGCCAUGGUCCCAAGGUCGACAACCUAACAAACAACAUGUGCGAGUCAUUUAAUGCAAAGGUGGUUAAGUACAGAUGCAAGCCCAUACUCACAAUGUGCAAGGAAUUACGGUGCUAUGUGAUGCAGCGAAUGGUUCAACACAAGAAACUUCUGGGGACUCAUGAAGGAAAACUGGCGCCAGUGCAAGAGAAAAGGCUACAGAGGCUUAUCAAACCAAGCAACAAAUGGACAGCAGAGUGGAUUGGUGACAACGAGCGCAAACGGUUUGAACUCACUUACAAGGGAUCCAAAGUUGAUGUAGAUCUGAUCAAACACAGCUGCUCGUGUAACAAAUGGCAACUCACUGGGAUACCGUGCAUUCAUUCCAUAGCAGCAAUAAAAAAACGGCAUGAUAAUCCCGAUGAUUAUGUCCAUCCAUGGCUAUGUAUGGAGUCCAUUAGAAAGACAUACGAGCACUUCAUCCAGCCAGUAACUAGUGAGGAAUACUGGACAAGGUCUGAGUUUACUAAGCCUGCUCCACCUGUGUUAAAAAGGCCAAUUGGACGUCCGAAAGUGCAUAACAGACAGAAAGAUCCAGCUGAGGCUGUUAUUGAUGGUGACAAGUUGAAGAGGAGUUUCUAUGUCACAUGUAGCAAGUGUGGUGAGAGGGGACACAACUACAAGACGUGCAAAGGGGCCCCAUCCAACCCAAACUGA